CCGUACUGCUAUCUCGAUAUGAAGAAGACGUGGACGAUGGCCAACUCGAUCAAGCGCCAAGCGAGGUGCGACACCAGUAUGACGACCAACGGCGCUGUGUAUUUGGAGACAGUGCUUCGCAACAUUGAUUUCGGUAUCUUCUACAGCUGCUGGGGCAAUGGCUUUGACAUUGGCAUUGGCGCCGAGCUCCAGUUGUCAUCAGAAGGUCGCGCUUGGCUGGCAAUGGUCUCUGGUGCGACUCCGCAGCUAAGUACGAGUGACGAAGCUCUCUACUGGCGGUCGUUUGGUCUCACUUCGUUUGAGACACAGUGGCAAAACUACAAGCAGCUUGGUGUGCGCAACAGCUACUCGAUCAUCAACGCAUUUGGCAUUGCGUAUCCGCUCACUCUAGUGUCUCAAGCGGGUUCAUACCGUCGCGGCAGUCAGACAACAUACAAAAUGUACUGGUCGCUGGCCAACGAUCUCUCGGCCGUCGCCAUGAACACAUCCGGCAUCGGUGGUCUCAGUCUUCUACGGUCCAGUGCCAACUACGCCUUUGCAAACACCUCGCUCUUCAAUGUAUACGCCAUCAACGGCACGUUGGCGUCACCACUACCGCCAGGAUCCCAGCUCACAACGUCGCUACUGGGACCGUUUGGCUCGAUCGACAUGGUCUAUGUACCACCACCACCGAAAGUGCAACAGCUCAUGUCGACGCUAUUGGAGCUGACACGGGCACCGCUGGCAGGCACUUUAGCGGUCCAAGCUGCCUACUACAACAUUACACCGCUGGAUAUUUCGUACCCCGUGCCCGGGGCAUGGCUGGCGCUGCCGUACCCGGCGUCCUAUGGCGGGUCGCCGCUGUGCCCCGACAUAACAGCGUCGCGGCUCAUGACCGCAGGGCUCUUCGCCAUCGUCUCGUACGACGCUAUUUGUCUCUCGGCGUCCGGCACGACGGCGCGCAUCCAACCUACGCGGCAACACUACGUUUUGAGUGCGCUCAUGGCGCAGCUCGACAGCAGCACCAACAUGACGCGCGUGUGCGCCCACGACGUGGCGUACGUCCUGCAGUGUGCCGUGUACCUUCGGUCGACGGUAUCCUACAUCAAUUCCUACGUGCCCCAAUCAGAGGCGGUCCGCGCUUCGAUCCUCGACAUACGCGACACCGUGCGCGCGCUCGACAUUUCAUUUUUGCUCUUUUUCCGCGACAAUGCGUCGACGCCCGUGCUCCAGCUGCAGU